GUGGCGAAAAGUUACAAUGACAUGUUUGAUGUUUUGAUGUUUACAAAACAUAAUAAUAAAAACAGUAUCUACGCCGUGAUUCCUUUAUGAAUUUAACUUCUUUGUCACCUUUUUUGUUAAGUUAGAUAAUAUUCAUGUUCGUUUGUAAAUAUAUAUCAUAAUAAGAAAUUGUGGAAAAAUUAUGGUAAAGCAUGGAUGCCCUGUUUGAUCUUUCUUUCCUAAACUUUUCGUCUGAAGUAAGUGAUUUUGAACCAGAUGAUAUUCCCUCAACAACAUACGAUGUUUGGGUCUUAGGGAAGAAGUAUAAUGCAUUCCAAGAUAUUGACCGAAUAAGACGUGAUAUUAAUUCCAUCAUUUGGUGUACAUACAGAAAAGGAUUUGUUCCUAUAGGUGAUGAGGGAUUGACGUCAGACAAAGGGUGGGGUUGUAUGUUGCGAUGUGGGCAAAUGGUGCUUGGAGUAGCACUUACGAGAAUUCAUCUGUCUUCUGAUUGGGUGUGGACACCAGAAACAAGAGAUCCAACAUAUUUAAAAAUAGUUCAAAGAUUUGAAGACAGAAAGCUAGCACCAUAUUCAAUUCAUCAGGUGGCAUUGAUGGGUGCUUCUGAAGGGAAAGAAGUUGGUCAAUGGUUUGGACCCAACACUGUCGCACAAGUGAUCAAAAAGUUAGUUCAGCAUGAUAAAUGGAGUUCACUAAUCAUCCACGUUGCAUUAGACAAUACUGUGGUUACGAAAGACAUUUUACAACAAUGCACUGUCAAUAAUGAUAGAGGGGACUCAACAAGUAUUCCAGAUAACAGUAAUGUAUCAGAAUGGAUGCCACUUCUAUUAAUAGUUCCUCUAAGACUUGGAUUGAGCGAAAUUAAUCCUACUUAUAUCAAUGGGCUUAAGCUCUGCUUCCAAACUCCACAAUCAAUUGGUGUGAUCGGCGGUAAACCCAACCAAGCUUUGUAUCUUAUAGGGUAUGUUGGUGAGGAAGUUAUUUACUUAGAUCCGCACACUACUCAGAGAUCUGGAUUAAUUGAGGAUAAAACUACAGAUGAACAAAAGGAAAUGGAUUGUACAUAUCAUUGUAAAUACGCAUCAAGAAUACCAAUGCUUGAAAUGGAUCCUUCUGUUGCAGUGUGUUUCCUAUGUCUAACAAGGAGUGAUUUUGAUGAACUUUGUGAAACAAUCGAAAAGAAAUUGAUGCAAGAGAGCCAGCCACUGUUUGAGAUGUGUGAGAAUAGACCAGCUCAUUGGGGACCAAGUGAUUUUGAUGAAAAUAGCACAAUUUUCGAAUUUGAAGACGAUGACCGCCGGUUUGAUGAUUCAGAUGGUGAAUUUGAGAUUCUUUAAAGCAAUGAAGUAUAUUAAUCAAUGAGUACAUUACAAAUAGAUUCGUUUAAGUUUCUUAAGAUAAUUUUUUUGGUUGUUUGUAUAGGUAGAUAAUUAUUGUUUCACUUUUUUUAUCUCUAUUCUACUAUUGGGAAUGUAUUUUAUGUUGUAUAAACUUACUAUUUACUGGUCACGAAAAUAUGAAACACAUUAAAUUUGACUCACUGGUAAAAUGCAAUGUAAGUUGAAGCUGUUGUGCCUAAAAAUUUUAUUAAUAAAUAUAAAUAGUAUAUUUUAUAAGCAGUUCUAAUUUACAGUGCCUUUGAAAAGUAAAAAAUUAUAAAACCGCGUUGUAAAAUUAAGCUUCUAAAUUUUGAAUUUUAUUUAUCUUUGCUUUUAAUUUUAUUAUGAUCUACCGUCUCACUGCCAACUCUAGUCAUAGUGUAAAUAGGCGAGAAAAAAUUGUAUGUCUUUUUAUUAUACUGCGUUCGUAGUGCCGCUCAAAUGUUACCUGCUAUUUUCUACUAAAACAUAUACAUAUAAAUAUAUAUUUAGGACUGAAAAUUUCAAUUUUAGUCUGAUUUUCAGAUAACACUGGAUAUCUGCUUUCAGAUACUUCCUUUUUAAAUCAAUUUAACUAUAACUUUGAAGAAAUCAUUGUAUCUAUUCUUUGAUGGCUUACGCGGUAAUAAUACUAAACUAUUUGCAGUAAUUAUAUUAUUGUUAAUAUAUUUAUAAACGUUUUGACCAUUGAAAUUAAAGUGAUUUUCAUAAGUACCAAAAACUCCAAUUAAAUUUUAAUUAUU